AUGUUUAAUUCUCACACGAUGCCGACCGACAGAAUCAAAAGCCAACAAGCACACGAUGAACACAAACAUACGAAAAACGCUUGCCAUGUCAUGAAAAUCGUGAGCUUGAAGAUCGAAGAAAAAAACAAUGAUGUGAGAGUGUGGAAAGAUAUGUUGAUUGGAACAUAUCAAAAACAAAUUAUCGAAAGCUUUCAGUUCAAAUUUGGAUCUUCGCAGCUGUUCUUUGCCUUCUUAAGCGAGUCUUACAUCGGUUUCUUAGUUCUUCUUAUAAGACGUUUCAUCGAAAUGUUCAUAGGCACUCCAAGUCUAUUUUUAUUAUUUAAUCUACAUAAGACCAACUACUUAGAAUGUGAAGAAUUCAAUUUUGAACUCAAGGAAUGUCCAUUGAAAAUUAACUCAAGAUAUCAUUUACAAACGUCAAAAAUAUCGGAAUGA